AUGGACUUCGACGCAACGAUCGAGCGGCUAAAUGCACUCAAGUUACACGAACGAAGUUCUACUCCUAGCGAAAAUCAGCAUUCAGAUCAUGCGGUGCAGCUACAGUGCGAGGUGCGACGACUUCAGGAGGAGAAUGAACGUCGAGUCUUGGACCAGGAACGGCAGUUGCAGCGCUGGCAACAAGAAAUGCGAUCGAUGCAGACUCGACUUGAAGCCGCAGAACAUCAAAAUCACCUGCUGAAGGCUGCGCUUGGUGAAGUGGAUACAUACAGGCAUCAGACUGAGACCCAACAACUCGUGAUUGAGGAUCUUCAGACACAAGUUAAGCAGCUACGCAUUACCAACUACCGAUUACAAUAUGUGGUACAACAGAGCGAACUACGAGGAGGUCAUGGAUCUUUCUUACCACCACCACCACCCGAUAUAUUCUGA